UUGGGCACGCACUAAUAAAACGUGUUAUACAGUUAUAAUGCGUAAUCAGCAUUUUAGUAUAAUAACAUUUUUUGUGGAAUGUGAAUUAGGUAGGUACGCGUGUGUCGGGGCGUUAUACGAGAGCGUGUUGUUAUUGCCACCUUGGUUGUAAUAUAAAUUAUUAUGAAAAAUAUCGUCGAAUAUUGUAUAUUGGGUAAUAUUGUUUAGGUACUUAUUAUACUUGAUACAAACAAUAUAAAACAUCUAACAAAGUAUAGUCUUCGCGCUACGCUACAUAAAUUUGACGUGCUACGGAUUACAGAGAAAAAAAAAAAAAAUCAAAAUUCGAUUUCGGUGUAAAUAGUGAACCCAAGGUAAGUACCUGCCUAUAGGUACCUUUACGAUUGCACGUACUUAUACGGAAUAAGUGAAAAUUAUUCCUGUUACGCGUUUAAUCUGUUGUGAAUGGAAAUUAUUAAUUUUAGUCGUAAGAACGUAAAUAAGGUAUAUGAUGACCGGAGUUGUUUACGACGAUGACUUUACCGUGCACGGAUGUUUAUGGGACGAAAAUUAUUCGGAGAGCCCACAACGGUUUACGUCUAUACUGCAGCGGUACACAACUAUUAGAAUAACAAUUAUAACGUUUACUUUAUUAAGAAAAACGUUUGUUUAGCGUACUUAUACAGGCGAGUAUGAUAACAGUGUGCAUUUCGUUAUUUCCAAUAGGUGUAAUUCGCUGGGACUGAUCGAUCGGUGCGUAAAAAUAGACGCACGUCCGGCCACCAGAGAAGAACUACUAUCCAAACACACGAUCGAACACGUAGACUUAUUAAAAUCUACCCAAGACUUGCACGACGAAGAACUGUUGGAAAACAUCUCCUCGGAAUACGAUUCAAUAUACCUACACCCUGUACGUGGCUAAAAAGAUUUUAUUUAAACAUAAAAAAAAAAAAAAAAAAGUAUAUUAAUAAUUACCUAAUAAGCAGACAUUGCCCAUAAUUAUAGGUUCAGAUACCUAUGCAUAUGAGGCCGUCACAGUAGCAUUUGUCGUCUCUAUCUUUCUAAUGAGCCAUAUGGCAAUAAUGUAUUAACGCAAGACGAACGAAACGACAUAGUAGAUACCAAUAGGCAUACAAUUUGUAUUAGCACUAUUAAUGAUUUCUGUAUAAAAAAAAGAUACCAUUAUAUUGUAAUUACAGUGUUUGAAAUGAACCCGUUCAAUAUUUCGUAAACGAGCCAUGGACGACGUUCUUUUCUCAUUUAACGUUCAUUUGAUGAAAAAAAAAAAAAGUCAUAAUGAUAUUAUCAAUGAUACCGACUGCACCGUUGCACGUAAAGCGAGCAAGUUAUAUUGUCCGAAAAACUGUUUAAUGCAGUCGAAUUAUAAUAUUAAUUUUGUCUAGAAAAAAAAAAAAUGUUACUAUUUUAUGAAUGUAUUAUCAGUUAAAAUUAUAUUAUUAUUAUUCAAGCAUCGCGAUUGGCAUCUUUAUCAAUAAAAGAUAAGGCGCACGAGUUUGAAGGGAUCAUGCGAUUAUCAUUGCAUUCGAGGGAAGAAACUGGUAGAGUGCGCGCAUGUGAAACAUAAAUGUGCCCCAAUAUUCCAUAUGGAACAUAAAAAUGUACACUAGUGUAGUCAGGUGGAAAACGCUGUAAGAUAAUAUGGACUGGACAAACCAGACAACUGAAACGCACCCUAAGAAAAACGGUUUACAUCAUUAAUAAAGUUCUUAUCGUUAUCAUGAACUCAUAAACGAUUCUUAUCUGUACCUGCUUACCUGUAAUAAACUACACUAGAGAUGGCUUUUUUAAAAAACAUAUACAUAAAUGUAUGUAUAAUACAUUAAUUAUACAUAUCUAUGUUAAAAUAUAUGCCUAGGUUUUAAUGAUUUAAUGUGAGCAUAAUAUAAUAUAUUUUAUUUCAAUAUUUUCUCAAAUUGAUAGAAAUCACCAGUCACAGUUAAUAGCAGCAUUGAUUAAGUAUGCCUAAUUAAUGGUUGCUGCAGUUAGCAGUAAUAACUGCUAAAAAUCAAUUAUCAAUCUAUAAAGUAAGGUAACUAAUCGUUUAUUCCAAGUAGACAGGUACCGAUAAGAACCGUUUAUUUUAUUAGUGAAAUAAACCGUGUUUUUGAUUCUGAGUGGAGCGAAGAAACUUAUGAUUUUACAAAGAUGUUUAUUUUUUAUUUUUUUUUUUUUUUAACAACUUUUUUACCAGACGAUUGGCUUGGAUUUCUACGUGAAACAUUUUUUUUGAAAGGAAAUCGGUGUAGAGAUACUUUAGGGAGAUCAUUUUUCGGUUUUCAUGAGAAUUUUCUCAUCAAAUUUGAAAAAUCUGGAUAAAACAUGGGAAAACGUAAGAUAACUGGGAAAAUCGGUCCAACAUUAAAUAAAUAUUAUUAAAGAAAAUAUAUAGAGCCUAUUUAUUUAAUUGACUAUAAUAUGGCAUAUAUAUUGUUGACAAAGUAUCACUUUCAACUGAACUCCUCUCAGAAUCGUUUUUUCGUAAGUAAUGGUUUAUUGUUGCUAACAGAUAUACAUUAAAUUCUCAUCUGUAUCCUACCUUCCCAACUACCCACCUAUACCAGUUGUUGCACCCGUCCCCAUUAUCUUACCUUUCUUUUUUUUACUGUUUGGUCUGGACAAUAUAACAAGGCAGACGUUUGAUAACGGUGCAGUCGAGUUUUGAGACGGGGAAUAUACCUACCCAAAUGGAAAAAAUAUAAGAACCACAAUGAUUUUAAGGGUAAUUUUCUGAACCAUAAAGGAUUAUAAAGAAAAGAAUCAUAAAAUAUACGCUGUGUGAAAGAGUGAUAUAAUAACUACCUAUACUACGAUAUUAUAAAAAUAAAUAAAUUGUUUAUCUCUUUUUAUUUAAUCUCUAGAUUCCCUCCGCCACGAAAACUCCGUUUCAAUCCUUCAAAAUAACAAUAGUAAUACAUAAUAAUAUGCAAUAUAAAUUAUUUACUAUUGAGCAUUUUUUUUUCUUAUCACUCCGGAACUCGGUCUUAGAAGAUAAGGCCUGUAAUAAUAAUUUUGGAUACCUAAAGAUUUCCUGGCAACACUGGUUACUCGUUCAUUUUUGAACAUGAACGCGUUCACUAUACCAGUGAACAUUCCAAACACCAGUGGCAGAUCUAGGAUUUUUAUUUUAGGGGGGAACCAUAGUCCGAAAUUCAGUGAUAAUAACAAUAUUUCAUACAAAAUUACUUAUGACUAUUGAAUUAAUAAAACUUAACUUAGGUCAAUGGGGGGCAGGCAAGAUCCCUCGGGCCCCUCCCUCAAAUCCGCCAAUGUUAAACAUAAUUUAAAGCAACAUCUUCACGUCGGGAAAUCGUAUUUGAAAAGAAAAAUCAAUUUAGUCGACCUUUGCUUGAAUUAUUUCAAGCUCGGUAAAUUUGUUCAGUAUAUCGAGAUUUUUAAAGUAUUUUAUAAUUUAUAUUACCUUUGAAAACCUUUUUUGCUGUUUUACGUGCUGGUGUCUCAGAGAUAAUUAUGUGUCUAAUAAGUUUACCUAAUAAAAAAAAAAAAAUGUCUUGAGAGAGUGCUAUUUUAUUUUUUGUUUAUGUAUUAUAGUUCACUUACAAACAAUGCCUCCUCGCAGCUGGCAGUUCCAUCGAAUUGGCCAAAGCAGUCGCCGACGGCCGUGUGAUAAACGGAAUGGCCAUUGUCCGGUAUUAUACCCUAUAUAUUUUAUUGUCAUAGACGCCGCGAGGGGGAUGUAAGGGGGUGUAAAAAAAAUUAUAUUGAAAAAUAAUUGAAUGAUUGUGAAUACAUUUUAUUUUACAUAAAUAUCAACGAAUUACUAAUUUUUUAAAUAAUGACUGUAUAUCCCUAGGUUUUUUUUCCAAAUUUCUCAAAUACAUUUUCAUUGAAUUUAGUACAUAUAUUCUUCUAGUUUUUUUUCUAUGUACACUCAUUAUACAAAAUCCAGACAAUCGGUCUUCACCCAUAUUAACUUUAUGCAAAUGGAUUAUUCAGGUCUUGGCUUCAGUUACACAAUUUGAUGGCAUAAUGUUUUCAUAUAGUUUUACAAUAUCAUUUGAUAUACAAUUAAUAAAUUGUUCUUUAAUCAACAUUUUUAUAAUAGCAUAAGGUUGAAGAUUCACAAGAGAAAAUUAUUGAUUGCAAGUUUUAGAAAAACGAUAUUUUAAUGGAGAUAGAUAUGACUGAAUCUAGAUAAGGCUCGAAAAUCGAUCUUCAGAAAAAGUCUUCAGUGGUUGUAGAAAGAUAAUUUGAUUUUUGAAUGUCAUGCUACUCGAGAAAAAUUUAUUCCAACAUCAAAUUCUUUAACAAUUUCUUUAGUUUUUGCAAUUAUUACGGAAAAUUCAGUCUAUGAAAUAUCGAAUCUAUUUGCUCAUGAACACUUAAUUUUUUUCUCCCUUUAAAGUUUAAACAAUUUUAUGACGUAUUAAAUAUUAAUAUUUUUAUUAUUGCAAACCAAUUGUUGGUCAGAACUUUUUUAAAGUCAUAUUUUUUUGGAGGAACUCAGAGCUCUUUCAUCAAUCAUUUCAAACGUAGUUCAUCAAAAUAGAAAUUUAAAUACAGUCCAAUACAUAAUUUAUUAUCAGCACCAAUAGUCAACUUAUAAAGGAGUAAACUUCUUUUUGUUUGUCAUUUGUUGAUUGAUAUCUAUAGUACUUAAAUAACCGCGGGCCAGCUAGUAUAUAUAUAAUUAGGUAUUCAAUCAAAGAUUCGAAUAGUCACAGCACUAUCUUGGUGACAAAGAUUACGAUUUCUAUUUUCUAUUAUACUAUUCAAUUCUAUACUAUUAAACUAAAAGAGCGAAAAAAAUAUUUCGUUUAUUGUGUAUUUACGCCACUGUUUUUUUGUACAGUGAAAAAAACCCAAAGCUACUAUUAAAAUUCAAAAGUUAAGAUUUUAGUCGUUAUCCAAAUUUUUUAUUUUUGUGAUUGAAGUUCGGGAUACGUGAGUUUUGACUCUAUAAGGUAUGAAACAUUAUUAAGAUUUCAUAUUAUGGUUCAUGUGGUUUUUCGACACGGGUUAAAAUAGGUAAUAGGAUAAAAUAUUAAAUUUAAUUAAAUUUUACUGUAUUAAUAUUUUUUUUUAAAUUUUAAUACCUAUUACUGACAUGUUAUCAACAUGUAGGCCACCCGGACAUCAUGCCAUGAAAUCCGAAUAUUGCGGUUAUUGUUUUUUCAAUAACGUAGCGAUAGCCGCGCAAUAUUUAUUAGACAAAACGACCGUUCGAAAAAUCCUCAUUGUCGACUGGGACAUCCACCACGGUCAAGCUACUCAACAGAUGUUUUAUGACGACCCCAGGUAAAUAUAUUUGUAAAAUCUACCUAUAAUAUUAUAUUUGAGAAAUAAACUAUUCUGAGCGAAGUUAGGUUAAACAUGUUUUGAAAUGCUGUGGUUUUUACGAUUUCCGUUAAAAUUUAAACUUUUAAAACGUUUAUAAAAAAAUGUAUUACGUUUAACUUUUUUCUUUUUACCAUUUAAUACAACUUAUUAUGAACAUCGCGUUUUGAAAUUUACACGGAUUGAUCAGUGUGUUAAAUAAUAGAUGAUACUUUGGUAAAUUUCAAGUUGAUCGAAUGAUUACAGCCUGAGUAAUAUGCAAAAGUAUUAGCAUAGUUUUUACCGGAAACACUUAUUUCUUUCAAAAAUGUAUGUGUUGUACGCGUUGUUACCACCUGUUGGCGACGGUGGCGGUUUGCGAGGAGUAAAAACCAAUUUUGUUUAUUUAUUUUAUCACUGUAUUACUAUAGCAUCAUUUUCCAGCAACAUUCAUAAGCUAUACGCCUAUACUCAUAGCUUUACAUCGUAUAUUCAUUUACUCAAUCCAUAAAACAACGAAGAUAUUUUGUCCCCAUAAUUUUUCAUUCGAAAAAAAAACAUGGGUUGACUAUAUCCAAAAUGUUAAUAAAAAAAUAAAUGAUAUCUCAACAAAAACUCUCCGUCAACUACGUGUAAAAACCUCACUAAGAAAAAAAAACUCACGUUAGAAUAGUUGUCAAAAAAAGGCAAAGUAAUUUCUUAAAUUCAUUAGUAAAAAAAUUGUUUGUAAUUGUCUGUAUUUUAACUUAGUUAUUAAUAUUUACGACUUCAAAUAAAGAUACAAUGCUGACAUGAAUAUUUACCCCCCCAUUUUAUAAUUUAUUAAUAUUACUAUAAUACUAUUUAAGUACAUACUAUGAGUAGCCGCCAAGUUAAGUUAAAUUAUUUGUGUUAAAUUAUCGCACUUCAUUAAAUACACAAUUAUAAACAAUUUCUUUACUAAUGAAUCUUUACUAAUCUUCCCUCUCCAAAUAAUAUUUACACUCACAACUGAUUCGAGCAUAAAGAUAGAUAAGAUUAUUAUUAACAAUCAAUCUUAAGUAAAAUUCAUAAAUAAAAAAUAAAAAAAUAAAGUCUUUAAAGUAAGUACAAAAAUGGAAGUAGGGUUCAUGAGGGAGUUUGAGAUCUCCUACCUGUAGAACACUAGCAUAUUUAAAAAAAAAAAUCGAAUAAAAUAAUAUAAAUCUAAGACUAGAAAGUAACCCUAAAAUUGAUAAUCGAAGCAAAAUGGCUGUUAGGUACUACAGUUACAUCACAUAAGUACAGACAAAGAAAAAAACGCAUAUAUCUAGACAAUUAAUACGUCACUUCGCUUAGAAUUUAAAAUUAAUUUUACGAUCUUACACAUUUUAGAGUAUUGUAUUUUUCAAUUCAUCGUUACGAACACGGACAGUUUUGGCCGAAUUUAAGAGAAAGCGAUUUCGAUCACGUUGGUCACGGCAACGGCACCGGGUUCAACGUUAACGUUCCAUUGAAUAAAACCGCAAUGAAAAACGAUGAUUAUAUGGCCAUAACUCAUUACUUAUUAAUUCCUUUAGCAAUCGAGGUACUAAAUUAAUUAUGUAUCUGAAUAGUACAAGCUCUAGAUGUGAGCUUCCAAUAAAUAGGUAUCUACGUAGUAUAAUAAUAUUAGGUAUGCUUUUUAGUUUUCCCCGGAUUUCAUUAUUAUUUCGAGUGGAUACGACUCGGCCAUCGGAGAUCCGAAGGUAUUAAAUUAUUUGUUUAUAUUAAUACCCACUUAUAAUUUUGAUUUUAUCUACUAAUUGUAUGCUUGUAGGGUGAAAUGUUAGUAACGCCAGCGUGUUACGCUCACAUCACCCAAAAAUUGAUGAAUCUGACUCACGGUAAAAUCAUAUCUAUACUCGAGGUAUGUUCGUAGUAUUGGUUUUACUGUUACCUAUAAAAUAUAUUGUAUAUAUUAUAAGGAAGCUUUAAGUACCUAGAUACUAAUAAUUAUACUUAUACGCUAUUGAAAUUCGUACAAAAAAGUAGCUGUAUUAUUUAUAUUAAAAAAAAAAAAUCUUUUAGAUAAUCGUUUUUACAGGGUGGGUACUACUUGAAGAGUUUGGCCGAGGGCGCAGCGUUGACAUUGAGGGCAUUACUCGGGGAUCCGUGUCCGGUUAUCGAUUCGUUACGACAACCGUGUGAUAGGUAGGUAACACAAUAUUAUUAAAUAUUAAAUAUUAUUUAGUGAACAUACACGAUUUUAGUUAAUGUUGUGCUAUUGCAGUGUAAUGGAAACUAUUCGCAGUGUAAUUCACGUCCAUGCAAUGUACUGGGAUUGUUUUAAGUAUAGCAUUUUGUACAGUGAAAUUUUACCGGAAAUUCGUUACGAUUUCGUUGUCGAAAAGUCUACGGAGAAAAGUAAAAUAAUAUAUCAAACGAGAAAUAUGUAUUCGAAAAUCGAUACAAAAAGGCUAGAUACAAUAUUGAACAAUAUAAUUACAGGUAGGUAGGAAAGCCUACCAGUAAGUAGUAGGCAUAUCACAUACCUAAUACCAAUCUAUAAAUACCUAUUAUAAAUGACAUUCAUAUAGUAUUUGAUCCCCUGUACCUAUGGCUACUAUACCUACUAAAACCCCCAUAAAUUUACUAAUAAUUAUUAAAAUAAUAUAUAGUUUCAAAUAAUAAUAAUUUAAUAAUUGUUUCAAAAGACACCAGACUGUUCAAUCCACCGAUCAGAAUGGGUUUAAUAAUCGAAACAGUUGAGCAUUCGAUUACAAACACCGAGCAUAGUGAUGUUUACGAAUAUUUAAAAUCGCAUGUUGGCCAUUUGCAUAUUUUAAACGUAGGUGUAUUAUGCUAAUAUACGAAUUAAAUUAUUAUACCAUAACAUUGUCAGAAUUUGUUUAAAACUGUAGUCUCUGGAAAUAUAUAGGGAAUAACACUAAAGGUAUAUGAGGCUUCUACAUAGUGAUUUUUUUUAUUGUGAAUCAACAAUUUUCCGAGAAAAUUUUAAGUGAAUUUGAUUUCUGUUUGUUUUUUUUCAAUAUUGUGAAAUCGUUUAGGCUUUAUUUUAAAACUAUUUUUAAUAUUUUACUCUUACACCAUAUACAUUAAAUAAGUAUAUACCUACCUACCUACUGUUUUUCAAAUACGAACCCAUUUUACCGAACACAAAUUUGAAUAGAGAAUAUUUAUCGAGACAUUUUGAUAUGCAUAAUACUAAUAUCAAAUGUACCAUUUAUGUUUUAAGUUAUAACCGUUUAAAGUUUAGACUUAUGGAGUAAGUAAGGGUUAUCAAUUUAUAAUUUAAAAAUAGGUAUUUUUAUUUUUUUACAAUUGUAUUUAUUACCCUUCUCUUUUAAUUUAAAUUUUAAAUGGUUAUAACUAGGGUUGAGGACUUCCAGCAUUUGCAGAUUAUUUUUGAAAGAUUAACAAAAUAGUAGUCAAAAAUAAAUAUUGGAUCAUGUAAGGAAUCUAAAUUCUAAAUUUUAUUUUGCAUAUAUUUGCAUAUUUGGUUGUUUUUAUGGAUUAUGGGUAAACAAAUUAAAAAUAGUCAAAAAUAAAGCUUAAAUGAUUCCACAAUGAUAAAAAAAAAAAUCAAAUUCACUUCAAUCCUUCAAGAAAAUUGCUGGUUAAUUAUAAAAAAAAAUCAUAUUGUAUAAAAUAUUAUUCUAGUAAGAUUCAAUCUGGUAUUAUCUGAUCUGAGCAAAUGCUUUAUUAGGUAAAAAUGAAAAUACAUUUAAGUACCUAUAUAAUAAUUAUUGAAUUAACUUAUACCUAAUAUUAUAAAUUAUAAUAUAGGAACGACAAUCAACAAUCAAAGAAUUAAAUUUAGCCCAUUCAACCAAGCAUAUCGAAUACAUGAUACAAAUGAAUCAACAGAAAUAUACCAAUGACAAUAAUUAUUUUGAAUCAAUCGAAAAUAAUUUGGCACUCAAUACAUUUCGCUAUUUCGUUGGAUCACUACUACAGGUUAUAUAAUUUAUUUUACAUCACAACCACACCUAAUUAUUAAAAUUUACAUACAUUGUAAAAUAUUGUUACCUAAUAGAUUAUUGAUUCAAUAUUUGAAAGUAAAAUAAGAUCUGGCAUAUAUGUAAAAUUGCCAGUUGAAGACUCCGCUAAAGACUUAUGCUUUUUAAAUGCUUCUGUAAUUAGUGCUAAGUAUGCAAUACAAAAAUAUAAAUUAAAAAGGUAAAACAAUAAUGUUUCCCUCAAAUUAUUAAAAUAAGUAUUUGAACUACCUACCUAUUGUAUUUAAUAAUAUGUACUCCGGACAUGUUUUAGAAUUUUAAUAAUUGAACUAAAUGAAGACAUUUCACAGCUGCACUAUGAUGAUCAAAUAUUGGUUAUUUCGGUACAAAGAAUAUUAAAUGGUUUAAGCCUCGAAAACAAAAAUAUUACCGCUUUGUGGUCAAAGGUAAUAAUAACUAUGGUUCUUUUUUUAAAUAUAUAUAUAUAUUCUAAUAAUAUAUAAUUAAUAACUAAAUUCUCUAUUAUAUAUACUCAAAAAUAUUUUUUUUUUAAUUUAGGAAAUAUUAAAUGAUGCCGAUUUUACAACAAUGAUGUUACACCUGAUUUUACCAAUUGCCUAUGAAUAUAACCCCGAAUUAAUAAUUAUGUCUACAAAAUUUGACCUAAAUAUGAAUACAAUUUCUGGUAAAUAUUUAUACAAAAUAAUGGCCGUAACACAUUUGAGUACAUAGGUAGCAGUAUUUUUACCUAUAAAUAUAGAACACGUUUGAACUUAUAAAUGAUAAAUGUAGGUAACACAUUUAGGUACCUUACAGUUAUAAAAAUACUAGAUAGCCAACAUAAUAUAAUAUAAACGUCAUAUUGUAUCAAAAUAAAUAAUAAUUUUAAAACUAUGGCAAGUAAAUAAAGAUUACUAAACAUUUUUGUUGAAGCUAAAUAGAACCAACUUUCUCGUGGUCUGGUCCCUUAUCUAACACUAUAAUAGGCUCUAAAUAUUUUUAAAAUUAAUAAAAAAAAAAUAUUGUGCCAAUUUGAUAACAUUAAAAUAUAAUUUUUGAAAGUGUAUUCAAACAAUUAAUUUGUAACAAAAGAAUGUUAUUUUUUAAGAGAAUGGUGUUCUGAACAGUAUAUAUAAACCCUACUCAAAUGUGCUGUUUCUAAAAUAACAUCUACCAAUAACUUAAAUUAACAAAAUGUUGUAUUUUAGGUAUACAGAUAACUCCUAUAAUUUAUGGUCAUCUAACUCAAUGGUUGAGUACUUUAGCCAAUGGAAAACUUAUGGUAUGUGAACAAAAAGUAAACAGCUAUUCAAUAUACAGAAAAGAAUGUUUAUUAGAAUGUUCCAAAGCUUUACUCGGUAUACCGAUUUCAAAACUAUGUGUGAAAAAACAGUUAAAUUUAGAAACCAAACAAAUAUUACAUAACAAUAUAAAAAGACAUAUAAAAAAUUGGAAAUCGUUGCAACUUAACAUUAACAAACUAGUGGAAUAAUAUACUUUUAAUUUAAAAUAAAUUAUUAUAAAUAGUGCUUAUAGUUUGCAAAUGCAUAAUUUUAAUGUUAUCAUAGAUAUAAGCAAUAUUGUUUAACUACUAGUGACUAUUUCUUAGAAUGUGAUUACAACUAAUAAAUAAUAAACACACAUUUUUUUUUAAAAAAAUGGGUAUUUAGUGUAGAUAGUUAUAUCUAGAAUAUUAUAAUUUUCUAGACUUACUUAAUAAAUUUAAUUCAAAAGUAAUACUACAAAUAAAAUUGAUUUAACAAUUUGCUUAAAAACCAUUAUUUAAGGAAUCUAUAAAAUUAUGAUAUCAAUACUUAUAAUAAUAAUGUGAAAUUGUUAUAAAACUAAAUCUAAGACUAGAAUUUUUAAUAUUUUAAUAAUAUAAUAAUCAAAUUAAUGAAAAAGUUAAUAAAUAAUAUUAAGAUAAACUAAUGAAUAACAUGUAUUUACUUAUAAUUAUGACUAGUAAAUGUAUAUUAAAAUAUUGCACUAUACCUAUGCUAUGUUAAACAAUAGUUUCUUGGUAAUUGUUAAUUUGUAGUAAAUAGGUCUUAUGAUUAGGUUAAACUAUAAGUUCAUGUCAUUUACGAAAAGAUAGUAUUGCAAUGCAAAUGGUUUAUAAACUCGCAUAUAUGAUUUUGGAUCUCAGUAAACAAAAAAAUAAGAUAAUAUUUUGUUCAGUAUUAUGUAAUUUUAUAUAGUACAAGUGAAAAUAUCUUACCAAGUUCACCCAGACUAAUAAAGGAAGAUUUAUUUUUAUCAUAGUAAAAUAAAUCUAUUAUAGAAGUUAAAUAGUAACCCAACGAUUCCAUUGAGAUAUGAGGAAAAAAUUGUUUCGUAUAUGUAAGACUUGAAGUAUUACCAAAGGACUCAAAUUGUUUGCUUAAUGCUCCAGUUAAUGCAAAAUAAACGGUGGUAUCAUUGCGAGUAAUAUUUUUGUUAAUAUUCAUUACAGUGUCAUAUAAUACUUCAGGAUCCAAUACAGAUCCAAGAUCAUGUACUUUGAUGUUUCGUUGAGUUCUA